AUGCUGAUCUGGAUCGAUAAGAGAGAUGCCCCUUUGUCUCCAGAAGAUAUUGAAAAGACCAUAAGUGCGGAAAUUUCCGACAAGUCCCUCUAUCCAAUACUUUACGCCGCUGUUAUGGCUCACAUGAUCCACGGCCCGUGUGGAGCCAUCAACAAAAAGUCUUCUUGCAUGGAUGUUGAAUGGUGCACCAAAAAGUUUCCGAAAGAUUUCAUCGCAGGAACCAUCAUCAACGACAACGGCUAUCCGACUUAUAGAAGAAGAGACACUGGAGUUAAACAUCCGUUGAAAAGAGGUAAUGUCGUCUAUGAAGUAGACAACAGAUGGGUUGUGCCUUAUAACCCUUGGUUGCUGCUGAAAUAUGACUGUCACAUAAACCUCGAAUCCUGCGGUUCACUCACCAGUGUCAAAUACAUCUUUAAGCACGUUUACAAAGGCCAUGAAAACGGAAACAUUGAGACAAAAAAGAGAACGCAUCAGCAACUUGAUGAAGAUGAGCCGAAAUUCGUGUGGGACAAAAUCUCUACUUUUUUGGACACGCGUUACGUCAGCGCACCAGAAGCCGCCUGGAGAAUAAAUAAGUUUGCCCUCAGCAAUCGUUCCCAUGUUAUCUCCCGACUUGCCGUACAUCUUCCAUUGCAACAGUCCGUCUUUUUCCAACCGGGCAACGAGGAACAAGCAGUCGCCAACGCCGCUUUUAAAGAAACGACUUUAACUGCUUUUUUCAUCUUGAACCGGGAUAAUGAAGAAGCGAGGCAGUAUUUUUACCGAGAGAUUGUCAACCAUUUUGCUUUCGUCAAGGUUUGUGGCCGUAAUUACUGGAAGCGACGAGUUCAAAAUCUCAAAAUCAUUGGCCGAUUGUACACGGUGAGCGUCCGUCAAAUUGAGCGAUUCUGCCUGCGCUUGCUCCUCAUUAACGUCAAAGGACCGACCAGUUUUGAAAAUCUUCGAACAGUCAACGGUGUUGUUUUACCGACGUUUAAAGCAGCCGCCGCUGCCUUAAAUUUGUUGGAAGAUGACAGCAUUUGGGAGAGGACAAUGGACGAUGCGGCCGCCUUUGAAAUUCCAGAACGAUUGCGACAGCUUUUUGUUGACAUUUGUUUGUUUUGCAAUCCUACGGAUGCUCUUUAUCUCUUUGAACGAUCUUUACCUCAGCUAAGGGAAGAUUUUAUUCGCAAUGGUCACGACGCCAAAAAAGCAAAAAACUUGACUUUGAAAUUUAUUCAAGACAAGCUACUUCUCAACAAUCAAACGAUGGAAAAUCUCUAA